UGAACGUUUCACCAGAGGCAGGUUUUCUUUGAAUGAAGAUCAAAAAGGGUCGCUGUGUUUGCUCAGUAGAUCAUUAGACUAAAGUUCAGAUUUUCCGCAAGUGUUGGUUGGACUUUUCCUGUGGAUCCACUGGACUAAAAUGCAGAAAGAGGAGCUGGAGAAGCAGUAUUCACCCAGCAGGUGGUCCCACAGGAUGGCGGCAGACGACGUGAUCAAGGCCCACGUAAAAGCUUUAAAGGAAGGUACGGCGCAAGCUCGUGGUCUGGCUCAGACUUUACUCGACGUUCCAUACGGAGAUGGAGAUGGAGAGAAAAUGGAUGUGUACAUCCCCAGCACCAACUCCUUAGACGUUAACCUUGUUAUUUACAUUCACGGAGGCUACUGGCAGUUUCUCAGCAAAGAAGAGUCUGGAUUCAUGGCCGUUCCGCUCAUCGGAAAGGGUGUAGUUGUGGUUGCCGUUGGUUACGACAUCGCGCCCAAAGGUGACAUGGACCUGAUGGUGUCACAGGUUCGCAGGAGCAUCGUUUCCGUCGUGCAGCAGUAUUCUCACAUCAGUGGUCUUUACCUGUGCGGCCACUCUGCUGGGGCUCACCUGGCCGCGAUGGUGCUCUCCACCGACUGGUCUCAGCACAGCCUUGCUCCACAGAUCAAAGGUGCUUUCCUUGUGAGUGGUAUAUACGACCUCCUGCCCAUCCUGCCCACCUACGUCAAUGAGCCCCUGAAGAUGACAGAGGAGGUGGCGGUGAGGAACAGCCCCAGCAGGCUGGUUCCCCAGCUUAAACUCUCCUCCUCCAGCUGUCAGAUCGUCGUGGCUGUCGCCGAGAACGACUCACCAGAGUUUCGCAAGCAGUCCGAGGAGUACUUCCAAACAUUGGAAGCAGCAGGACUGAACGUGACCCUGGAGGACGUGGUGAAUACAGAUCAUUUUAGUAUCAUUGAGCAGCUGGUAAAUGAGGAGUACCACCUGACCAAGCUCCUUGUGAAAAUGAUGGAGAAGAGCUGAAGUGUUUGACACCAGCAAGCUUCUGUAUCACCACCGACCUUUGAACCCAGUCUUUGGGGACUGAUGGGGAUGAAAUGUGUAUUAAAAAGAGUUCUGUUCAAUAAGCCAGUAUCCUCUCUCUGGUCUAGUUUACUAUCUGGGUAAUUAUUUUUCUAGCAUCCAUUGUGAAUCGGGUAUCCGACACGUGUAACUUCAAAGACAAAAUAAUGUGCCUGAAUUAUUUUUGAGCAAAUUUCUCCAUCUUUGUUCUGUUCAAAAGGAACAACUAUUAGUGCAGUGUUAUUGUCAGGAAACAGUUCAGUGCAUAAUAAAUGACGUAGAGGUGAUCAUUGUCUCUGGCAUGUUUCCAGAGUUCUGCAGAUGGGUGUUUUGUGACAAUCUGCAGCACGACAGACCGGCUUCCUCCCACAGUCCAAAAACAUGACUGUUAGGUUCAUCGGUCUCUCAAAAUUGUCCUUAGGUGUGAGUGUGCUUGGUAGUUUGUCCUGUGUUGCCCUGCGAUGUACUGGCAACCUGUCCAGGGUGUACCCCGCCUGCAUGCCUGGAGACAGCAGGAGAUAGGCACUGAAACCAGCCCCCACCCCCCCACCCGGCGAGGAUAAGAGGGUAAAGAAGAUGGACGGAUGGAUGGAUGGUAAUGCUAAAACAGCAUUUGCUGAGAAAUUGGAAAAUAAUAAUGAUGAGAAUAAAAAUAAUGAGAUCUAGUACUUUGAAAUAGUUUUGAUUGUCAAUGUUAUUAUGUAGCUAUUUGGGUGUGUUUGGGGGUAUUUUAUUUAAUUUAUUUUUGCAAGAGUAGCUGUACAAGUUGCAGCUACUGGGGAUCGAAAUAAAUGAGAAAUGAGAUCAA